UUCACUUCCGAAUGUAAAAUGUUGAUUUCUAAGCGAUAGGUUAACUAACUAGCCCGAUCUAUAGCUUUUAAAUGAGUGUGUUUUCUUGUUGUGUCCCACACCCCUCCCCCUACCCCACAUGGUGUGUGUGUUCAGGAAAGCACGCGGACGCGAUAGGUAUCUUCUCUCUCAAAUAACAGCCCCAUUUUACGCACUUCCACGCAGUUGCAGAAUGAGUGAAAAUAGCUUAUAAAUCAGUAAUGCAGGUAAACGUUGGCAAAGGCAAGUUUAGCCUGAUUUUUGUCGGGACACUGAUAGUGAAACGGUGUAAAGAAAAGUCAUUCGUCAUUAAAUGCUCGGUGCCAUGAUGGGGCAAUAUGGUCUGACUAUGGCACAAUACUUAAAAAUGUUCCGCUUAUGGAUGCCUAUAAGGAUGAGAGUUGCACCUCGUGGCAUGCGGCAGGAAAUGCUGUUUACAAGAUUCAUUAUUUUAAAUGCACUUUCGACGGCGAUAACGGAAGACAUCCACGUGAUUCGGAAAAAGUGAACAACGUUUUGCCUGUCAGGACAAUUCCUCCGUGUGAAUCACAAGACAACAACUGAUCGAGUUUAUUCCCCAGCACCUGGUAGCCUAGCACCAAACUGCUUCUUUGUGCAGAAUGGAUCAUAGGGGUUUACUGAAGCUCAAUGCAGACAUACUUCUUUAAAGAGCCAUUUGGUUUCCAUGGAAGACCUGCGAGUAUUGAGUAUUUUCCUUUGACGUGUCCUCCAUCAGUAUUUCAGAUGAGUGACUUUGUCAUACGUCGUAUAUUGUUUCUGUAAAGCUUUCUGCAACUGAAGCGAAAUUAAAAGAAUAUAUAUAUAUAUAUAUAUAUAUAUAUAUAUAUCAAUUAAAUUCCAAGCACUGCUGACAUGCCUACCCACACAUUGAUCCCAUAUGUGGAAAGUCCAGAUGGACUAGCCCAUGAUAUCUUCAGCCACAGCAGCGCCAGUAUGCCUGGCACUGGAUCAAGCAUGACGCCCCAUGCCAGCUUAGCUGACAAACCGGACACGCAAGCUGCAGGUAGUCUACCUCUAGACUGCAUGUUUUGUGAGGAAACUUUUACGCACCAGGAAGACCUCGGCCCACACCUUCUCUCCCAGCAUCCCACCACUUUUCAUGCUCCCGCUGUUCUGCGCGUGGAAGCGGAGUUCUUAACUCCCAGCGACAGGGCUCGUUCCAAGACCUGCCCAGUCGUGGAGAAGAAGGAUGAGAUUGGUUGCGUUGUGUGCUGUCAGGUUAUCACAGAUGCGUCCGAGCUGGAAACGCACAUGAGAAAACACAAGGACUCCUUCACGUAUUGCUGUGGGCUCUGCGGACGGCGUUUCAAAGAACCCUGGUUCCUAAAGAACCACAUGAGAACCCACGGAGGAAAGGCGGGGUCUAAAAACAAAAACCAGGAUUUGGAAAGUCCAGUUACCGUUAAUGAAGUCAUCCAAGAUCAGCCACCGUCACCUGUGGUCACACCAUACAAAAUGUGCAUGGUCUGCGGCUUUUUUUUUCUCAACAAAGAGGUUCUGGCAGAGCACAGCAAAGUUCACAAUCGUGAACAGGAGGCGGAGGAGAACAUCUCUGCUGAGAGCCAGCCUCCUGAGGAGGCGUCUGUAUCUCAAGAGGCUUUUUUGCAGACCUUACAGUUGCAUCCGUCUAGAGAGAAAUCCGAACGGAACCACCCGCCCGGACGCUGGAUCUCACAUCUCGAUCCGUUCAACACCUACCAGGCUUGGCAGUUGGCCACUAGAGGAAAGCUAGCGGCCGGUCCGAAUUUAGCAAAGGAGCUCAACGCAGACUCCAACUCUGACAAUGAGGACUCUGGUUCUGACAAAGAAGAACUGGGGGCGAUCUGGGCAUCAGGCGGUGGAGAUAAACCCAUGAGACGAGGCCAGAGAAGUGAACUCAAGCCUACAGCCGAGACCCCGUCCCCAACACCAGAACAAAAGGGACUGAUGGGUAAAGGCAAGCCUACUAACUGCGAGGAGUGCGGUAAGAUCUUCAGGACGUACCAUCAGUUGGUUCUUCACUCUAGAAUCCAUAAGAAAGAGAGGGGGGGAGCCGAAAGUCCCACCACACCUGUAGACGGAAGGGCUCAGAGCGUGGGCUCCUGUAGCAGUUCGUCUCUUGAUAGAGCUGAGGAAUAUUCAGAGGACGGUUCAGAAGAAGGAUUGCAGGUUGACGCCUUUAAUCCAGAUAAAAAUGAAGAUGUGUCGGGGAAGAUGAAGCUGAAAAUUCUUGCUCCGAGGAAAUGCAACUACUGUGGCAAGACUUUCCGCUCAAACUAUUACCUCAAUAUUCAUCUCAGGACACACACUGGUGAAAAACCAUAUAAAUGUGAAUACUGUGAUUAUGCUGCAGCACAGAAGACCUCUUUGAGGUAUCAUCUGGACAGACGUCACAAGGACAAGCCCUUCACCGAGAUCCCAAACAUUCCUGCAUCAUCUGCAAAAAAUAUCAAGGCCGAUGAAUCGUCCACAAACGUAGAUGACAAACCAGCCUUAAAACCAGUCAAACAGUGGCUGGCCCCUAAACCUCUCAUUCCUAGUGUUAAACUGAAACCGGCCUUAAGCCAGUCGGCUGUUACCAGCCCAGGUCCAGCUUUUCAAGUCAAACAAGAGUUUACAACAUCUCCUGCCACAGCUCUGUAUACCCCCUCCAACGAGGCCAUCCAAAAAUGCCCCUUACCUGGAAACCUAAAGACAGAGACUUCAGAGACCUCAGAGACCCCACUGAAUCUGUCCCUCAAAGCAUCGCUCUCUGUAUCUGCUACCUCAAUACCCAGAAAUCUGUUACUAACAAACAAAUGUACCUCCUGCUCGUAUGAGACACUCUACCCUGAGGUUCUCCUCAUGCAUAAAAAACUCAUCCACAAGUUGGAAAUAAGGAAGAAUGGAUACAGAGCUCAAAAACUAAAACGGUACACUGGCUGUCCUCCGGUUCUCGAGGGCAAAGACGUCACUCCUUUGCCCCACAUCAACAAGAAGAAUCCACGUCGGACCAAGUCUCCACCUCGCCCACCUGAAAAAUUCACAGAGAAGGCUUCCGGACAUCCUCAAAUGCCGAAGAUCUCUCCCGCAAAAGAGCGAUGGAGAGAUCAGCAAAGAAUCAGGGAAUCAUGCCCACCUACAGUCUCGUCAUCCAGGAUCUCCGAACACGCGGUGGAACCCAACAGGAAAUUAAACACAGCUAGGGUCAUAGACGGAGACGUCUCCAAGCAGAGACCUUGUGUAGAUUACGAGAUGGCGGGUCAGAGGGCGAGCGUGGGCAAGAACGGAAGGGUGUGGCCAACAGAUCCGGCUAAACUUUGCCUAUCGGACCGUUUCCGAAACUUGACGCCAAUGGAUGCUGGCGAGCCCUCCAGCAAGAGACACAAAGCGUUUGAGCCAUCUCGCGCCCCGUCGGGGCGGCUCGUUGAGGAAUUUAACAGACUUGUGCCUUCUGGCAGAAAUGUGAAAACGUCGCUUCAGUCUAACUCGCCCAUAGCUCCUGCUAAAGUCAUUUCCACGCAAGCUAGCAACAGCGUGCAGCCCGACUGGAACGUCAUCAACCUGCUCCGCACCUACACACCCAACAGUCUGGCCUCACUGUACCACCCGGCCGCUGGAGGAUCAUGUCAUACUGUCAUGCCUUCACCUGUCACCGGGAGCAGAUCAGUGAUCUUCCCUCAUUACUCCCCAAGCAUGAAUCAGAGGAGAAUCCAGACCAGUCCAAUGAGUAAUGACCGCUGUGGACCUUCAGAGAAGAGCUCGUAGGACCAUCCACGGUAAACAUCUACAGACGCUGCUCUCAUUCCCAAGGCCACGUGUUGCCAUCAUCACCUCAAAUAAUGUGACUGGUCUCUUCUCCGCAGCUUUGAAAACACUGGAGAGGGAUUUAAUGUUGAUGAUUCAUACACCAACGGGUGGAUGUAUUGCGGGCGGUAGGCAGGCUCUUCUUCGGCCUUGAUGGAAAAGCCAGAACUUGGACUGCAGCCUUGAACAGUGUUGUUUCCAUUUCAUUUGCAUUCCAUUACGGCAGUGGUGCACUUAAAACGCACUCGCUCCUGUUUACUGUGCGCGCCGGCCGACCUGAGAAUCUCUUCGGGGUCAGCGGUUCAUAAUUGCCUAAAUACUAACAACACCUAACUAAACCGUGCAAGUGCCUCCAUGUUCUUUGAUUCAAAGUCGACACGCCUGUAUUAAGCGGACGCCACUGACCAAAUAAACAAGAGGGCAGUGUUGUGUUUUGCUCCUCUAAUUAUGUGCUAUUGUUUAUACUGUUAAUGUUUAACAUCUUUUUUACACCCUACAGGUCAACUUUAUGCUAUGCAGAUAACGGGAACCUUUGUAUUUCCGAUGUUGGAAAUCUUUUCAUUUGUGCAAAUUUAGCUGCUGUGUUGCAGCGGUGACGUGUUGUGAAGUGUUGUGCAGGUACAUUAAUUAUAAAGAAAUGCAGGGACUGCGUGGUACCAUUUUCACUGUGACAAAGACAUUCAAUGGAAUCCUCAGGAUGGAUGUACGACUGUGAUAUCGCUCUGCCACAGCCGAGCAGUUCGGCCCAAAAGUGUUUUGAGCAUUUUCCGCUGUUUGUGUUGCUUUUUCAUAUUUUUUGGUUCUUGUACCCAUUGUGUUUUUACCCAAUUAUCAAGGAUUUGUAUUUAUUUUCAA